AUGGAAUCCGAACCCCGCGUACCUAUUCACGGUCUUCUAGCGACCCCAGAACCAGAGGUCGCUAACGCCAAGGGCUCAGCGGUCACCGCGAAGCAGAGCGCGACGAUGGCUGACCGCAGGCGACUGUUCAGGCCUACUCCGCUGACCAGGGUCGGCAUGAAUGGCAGGUCCUGGUGUAAAGAGAAUUUGCCUUCCCGGUUUUCCACGAAACACGAGAACAGGCAGUUACAUCCCAUCUUCAAGAGCACGCAACGGUGGGUGUUUGUGAAAAAGGGACUGGAUGACUUCAGGUACGGCUGCCCUUCUUGUGAGAAUAUGAUCACUCAGGGCCUUCCGGAGCAUCCUGCCCCCCAGAGGUAUAGCAGAGGUCCCCGGCCUCCCCCCACAAAGAGGCCGAGCUACCUGCCCACGGGCGCAGCCCUGUGUUCCAGGCUCUCGGCAGCCCAGCAGGCCCGGAAGGCAUUCCUGGAGGAAAUCGAAGCCCAGCUGACCCGGCAUCCCCUGGCUCGCUACCCCGGCCUGGAGGAAAGCAUGCCUCCGCAGCUCUUAAAAAGGGUGCUGCAAGUGCUGGAUCCUGACAAGAAACUGGAGGACGCGUGGGCUCAUUGUGAGGGUGUUGAGAAAAAAACCAAGGAACCCACAAAACUGCUUGAAAAACGUCCCACCCGAGCCUCCCUGGGGCCUCCCAAGAAGACUCCUCUGUCGAAGAAGCCACGCCAAUCGCUUUCUGAAGAGAAGCCCAGUGCAAAGGAUUCGCUCCACAAAGAUGGUCCUAAUCCUUAUGAAAACGUCCACAAAUCAGUGAGAGACUUCUGUGACUGGGCUGCUUCGAUGGGAAGCUCGGGGAUUGAUGAAGAGUACAUCAUGAAGCAAUUUGACAUUAACUGUGAGAGGGGAGUCAGCCAUAAUACGCUCCGCCCGAUGAAGCUCGGCGAGAUUCCUGGGGAACUAAAGAAGGGAGACGGGCUCAGGAAACAGCAGGAGUCAGAAUUUUUCCAGGAACUAGAGCCAGAACCUAAGAAUACUUCUAAACCAAAGCACGUGAAGAUGCAGUAUGGAUCCUGGUAUCUGCACCCAAAACUGUGGAAAAGACAAAGAGCAGAUGAACCUUUGAUUGACCCCAAGGCCUUACACAAAGAUGAGAAUUUAAGAAAGGAGCAGAAGAAACAGGAGGAGGAGUUUGCAAAACUUCAUGGACCAGCUGCCUUUAAGGAUUUCAUUCUAAGGAAGGGCCACAGGAUGCCAAGUUUCCUGGAGAAUAUAAAUACCAAGAAGGAAUGUGAUUGUGAUUGUAAAAAGACUCCUAGAAAAUAA